UAACAAGCUUGUUGUGUGUUUCAGUCGGCGGCCGGUUGAGCCGAGAGUUGCAGUACGUGAAGGAGCAGGUCGGGGAGGGCGCAGGAUCAACGAGUCAGAUAUUAAUACAGACACCAAAGAGGCAAGGAGCCGACAUACUCACACAGGAGGCACUUCUGGUGCACUUAAAGGCAGCAAUGGUAGCUACUCAGGUAAAGGUGGACAUGUACGAUAUAACUUGGAAGUUGACGGAUAUAUGCUAUGCUCCUCCUGCGCCAGCUUUCGGAGAUUACGUGAUGGAUAAUAUAUUGGAGAAGCUGUUUCCGUGUGUGAUGGUCGGUCCACUCGACUGCUUCUGGGAGGGGUCGAAGCUCCUCGGGCCCUGGCAGCGCGUCGUCAUACC